UGCUCGUUGCGUACGGACGGAAAGUUGCUUGCGCGUCGGGAUUUUAAGGACACGCGUUCGUCGUUCGUUUCACGUGGCUGUCUCGCAGGAGAGAGCGAAACCCACCACAAACGAACGUUACACGCCCGAUCGUCGGGCAAAGUGAAAUUGUGGCAAAGGGAAAUAAUACUUUAAAACAAAACAGUGCAAAUGUAAAUGUUGAUAAAACGUAACUGUGCAAGGGAAUAAAUACUACUUCCAACGGCUUUUCAUCCUUGAAAUUCGAGAAAGCGGAGAUUUAAAAAACAACUAAAUGGCACAUAAUUACCUGUGAUACUUGUGGCGUAAAUGUGCACUCGUGUGUAAACAGAAAUAAAGUGAAAUAAAGUGUGGUGGCUGUGUGCGCAAACAAUAUAGUGUCCUUUGCGCGAGUCCUUUCAGUGCGGAAUUAUUGAAAUUGGCAUUGUCUUAAGUGUAUGUGUGUGUGUUUUUUUUUUGGGAGAUUUUUGUCCAUUUCGAAACAAACCCGAUUCUACAAGCAUGUUGCGCUUCGGAGCACUACGGUAUAAGAGGUUAAAUAAUGCCGGUGGUGCGUGCGGCGACGAGCCGGAUAGUGAAAGCAGCAGCCCGGCCAAGGGAAAGCUCGUCGGAAAAUCUGUACACCAUUCCGCAACGACAACACCGACGACAACGCCAACGAGACACCAGCAGCAGCAACAGCAGCAGCGACUGCACAAUCAGCUGAAUGGAACCGCAAUGAAAAAUGUUAACACAACGACAUCGGACCAGAAACGACCUCGUAGCAAUUUCAUGCUCAUCGUUGGCGGCCUGUCGGGAAAGUCUGCCCUGCCCGAGUCCGUUCCGGCCAAAUCGCCUUCUGCACACGUUACCGUCCAGCCUUCGUCGCCUUCGUCCAACUUUAAGCUACUGAGUGGAAAGUUCGCGAUCGACAGCAAGCGAAAGAUCAACUGCAAAACGCGAAUCUACAAGUGCAUCAAGCGCAUCCUGAAACGCAACUCCAUUCAUGCCAGCCCGCAGUCGUGCAAGGACCAGCAGCAGCAGCACCACCCGAGAAGUCAUCGAAUGCCGGCCGCACUCCGUUCGCCGAAUGCUGCCGACUAUCGCGAGAUCAAGACACUGCUAGAGAAGCAGCACCGCGAUCUCGAGUACGAUGUCAACCUGGCCAAGUGCGUCGAAAAGCCUGCCUUUAUCAAAAAGAUCGCCAUCAACAUGCUGCAGUCCGCUGUCUCGAACGAGAAGGAAGACAGUACGCUCGUGCUACACCGGGAACAAACAGCCACCGUUACCGGCACAAUCCAGAGCGAUCUUGAGCAGGAGCGGGAGUAUCGCCGGCUGCUGGAUGAAUGCUGGUACCACGAAAACCUGCCCCGAAGCCUGUCCCUGCAGCUGCUGGCGGACAAACUGCCCGGCAGCUUCCUGGUGCGCAAAAGCACAACCCAGCCCGACUGUUACGCGUUAUCGCUGCGCGUCCCGCCAGGAUCGGGACCGCGGAUUGCACACUACCUCAUCGUACGCACGCCCACGGAAGGAUACAAGAUCAAAGGCUUCCAGAAGGAGUUCAGCUCGCUCCGUGCCCUGAUUGUGCAUCAUUCAGUGAUGCCGGAAGCGCUGCCCGUGCCGCUUGCCGUACCGCGGCCGGUCAACCUGGUGGUAAAGACCAAGUUUGACGACGACUACGAAACCGUGUUCGAUCUGGCCAAGGUGGUGCAGCAUCAUUAGCCGCCAAAGGGAGCCGCAUCGGUGCGCCGAUGGGUGGAGGCAGCAGCAGCAGCAUUUACCAAAACGAUUCUGUUAGGUUUAGUUCAGUCACUUUUCAAUGCGCUAUUUUUGUUAUCCCUUUUUCCUCCUCCCAUUUACUGCGUAAGUCUAUAAUUAUGAGAUGAGAAAUAAAUUAUUCUAUAAAAGUUACAACAUUAAA